CCCUCCCUCUAGAGCUGGUAGACGGAGGUUGGCCGGGCCGGUCCCGGCAGCGGCCCGGAGCGGGCGGGCAUGGGGGGCUGCCUGUCCUCGCAGGCAGCUGAUGACCUGUCGCUACUCAACGAUUCUACCGGCGAUGGGGCGAGUCUUGGGCCAGGAGACCCGCUCCCCCUCCCUGCCCCACCGCCCCCCUACCAGGAGAAAAAUAUGAAAUAUCAGCUGCACAGUGCUGUUUUUGUGCUACCAACCAUCAGUCUGGAAGCUCCCUUGGUCGAAGAGAAAACUACUUGGGCUGCUGAUCACACUCCAAUUCCAGUGUAUCACCCAACGCCUAGCCAGGCACGUCUUGCCACACAGCUAACAGAAGAGGAACAAAUCCGGAUAGCUCAAAGGAUUGGACUAAUUCAGCACCUUCCUAAAGGAAUAUUUGAUCCUGGCUCAGAGCCAUCAGAAAAGAAAAUCAAAGAGUGUGUAAUCUGUAUGCUGGAUUUUGUAUAUGGAGAUCCCAUCCGAUUCCUGCCUUGUCUACACAUCUACCAUGUAAACUGCAUUGAUGACUGGCUGAUGCGAUCAUUCACAUGUCCUUCUUGCAUGGAGCCAGUUGAUGCUGCUCUGCUCUCCUCCUAUGAGACUAACUGAGGUGGCUUUGAGCCCUGCUCUCGUUCAUGCUUCCAGGCUGUGGAUAUAUUGGGGGCCUGGGAUGUGGGACAUUAUUUGCACAAUUCUGGGGUACACCAAAGAAACCGGUCCCAGCCCCUACGGACACAUGCAGCCAUGCUGGCUGUACUAAAGGAUGAUUUGUGCCAUAUUUUGAGUGUUGCAUCUAGUGUAAGGGGAGGGGGGGUGUUUGGAAGGAAACAGGGAAUGGCAGAACUAAAACUUUUCUUCCACUCUACUCACAAUUUAGUUUUGUAGAAAAUCAAGAUUGUUCUUUGACCCAAUUAUCUACCCUCAUACCUUUACAAGUCCGUUAAACUACUGAGUACAGUUGUAGGAAACUGUAGUGGAAUUCUAACUUGUUAAUGAAAGAGAAAGCUGUUUAAAGCUGAUGCUGAAGAUCUCUUAAGAUUUUACAAAUUAAGAGAAAUUCUAAGGCUAUUAUACAAGCUCGGGUCAAUUCACGAGAAAUUCUAAGGCUACUAUACCAACUUGGGUCAGUUCACAGGGGAAAAGAAUUUAAUGUAGAAAAAACCCCAGGAAUUUUAUGUUUGGGCCACUAUUGAAAAUGCAUAUAUCAAUACAAGUACACAAUGCAGAAAACAAGCCUUAGAAGCUAGUUAGCUACCUGCCUAGGGUAGCGUGAAGCUGUAAUAUUUGCUAGGGAAGGAGACUGAACCUGUUCUUGUUGCUUUUGGAAGUGCUUCUUUUGAUAUAUAUAUAUAAUUUAGUUAAGAGAAAAGGAUACCAUUUCCUUGCUCUUUUUUUCUCCAUCAAAUAGUUUUAUCUAUUUUGAAGAAGUAUAUGGUGCCUCUUCUCAAACCCCUGUAGGGCAAGCAGGUUCUCUAUCUAAUACUUAUUCACCAGACUAGGAGAAAGUCACACGGAUUAACAGACUUUGAAAGCAAUAGUUUGUUUCGCUCAAUCUUCAUUUGGGUGAAGUUCACUGGAAGGAGCAAGGAUGGUCUUAGUGCAGAUUAUUUGUCACAAUGUGAAAUUUCUGCCUUUCUACUAUAUGAAAAAAGUGUUGACAUUUAAAUAUAUAUAUAUACAGCGUGUUUAAAGUGAGAAAUAUUUUUAUGGAAAGUUUACAAUUCAGUUUGGUAAGAUCCUUUCAGAUGCUGGUUGUGAGUUAAAACAUCCAUAUAUUCUGAAGAGUGAAGAAAUGUUUAUUUGUAGGCAAUCUACUAUUUGUCUUACAUAAAAGAAGGUUUUGUCCCAUAAGAACCUGUUAAGGCAGGCUGUUACUAUGAUGCAGCAAAGCCAAUAUGUGAAAAGGCUUUCCUAAAUCAUAUUGUUUAUUGCCCUGCAAGUACAGAAAUGUGAAAGUGCUUUUCUGAUUAUGUAUUGUCCAUAACAAAGAUCUAGUGCUUGAAAGAUUUAAAAAAACCGGAUGUACAUUGCAUUGAAAUGGAAAAUAAAUAGAUUAUCAGCAAUGCCUUCUAAAGUACAUAUGUUGCCCAAGGUGACUGUAGAAAACUUUUCUAUUCUAGUGAAGGUGAGUAGAACCAGAGAAUGUGGUACUCUGAAUUAAUUUGACGUGAUUCAGUUUUCUCUUUUACCUUUAAUACAAUUAGAAAUUAGUUGCCAUUGUUGCAAUGAAGCUUGAUUCUAUACAGUAGUAGGAACUGAUCUUAUUCUUGUAUGGCCCUUCUGAAGGGAACUCCCAACAGACCUACAAUAUUGUAAGGAUUCUUGGAAAUUGCAAUUUGGCCACAAGAAAGUCAUAUUGGGUUUGGGAAUGAAGUCAUAUGUUUUCUAAACCAUACUACAAAUAAUCUUUUAUUUGCAACAUCUCAAUGCGUCAAACGAUGAUUUGGCCAUGAGAAGACAAUACAUUUAAAAAUUUAAGAAACAAAUAGGAAAAUGACUAGAUAUCAGUUUAAGGCAAAAUUAAUUUCUUUAGAUGACGGAACUAAGGGGCUCCUUGUCAGCAAUAUCUUAUCCUUCCCUUUUAUUCUGUUUUCUCAUUCACACAGCCAUUAAAUCCCCACCCCACCCCAAUGAAACACAGUGAAGGACUCCAACCUUUCCAGCUCCGUGGACCAGCGGCGGGUAGGGGCAAUGGUUUCGCACUCAUUUGACUGCUGCUUCCAUGGUCUGAUUGCCAAUAAGCUACGAAUUGGUAGUGGUCUGCAGACUAGGGGUUGGGGACCCAUUUUAAAGUACAUUUUUUGAAAGUCCUUGUCCCAUGGUAUCUCAUCCCUUGGUAUUGCUUGUAUCUUCAUUUUGAAGUUCACCAGGAAAAAAGUGGCAAAAGUAAAGAUGGAGCUCACUAUUUAAAUUACUAGUAUACUCUAGCCAGCAUGCUCUGUUGUGUAUUAGUAUCUCAUUGCUGUUUAGAGAUAUGGGAAAAUAUUAGGAUUGCUUCAUGCAGGCCAUCAAAAUCUGUAUUUAGUAAAUCAUAAUACUGAGGAAAAUAACAUGGCAUAUAUCUUUCAUGCCAAGCAGUUUCCUAAAGGGUACAAUAUUAUGCCAAACAUUUCACUUCAUCUAUGAAUUCUCUUAAGCCACUCAGAACAUUGAAGCAGGCAAUAUAUAAGUAACUUUAAAAGUGCCAUAGCUUCUUUCAAGACAUGGGAUCACUAUCUCCAAUGCUGCAUGUAAGCCCCUACCUUUACUGGUUUGGAAAAUCAAUAAGAAAAAGGGGGAGAAAAAACAAGACUUUUUUUUCUUUACAAAAGAAAGUUUUUUUCUUUACAGGAAGAUGAGGGCCUACUAUAAGGGACUAUCACUGAAGAAGUGGUACCAAUUACUUCUUUUUUUUCUAUCCCAAAGAAUCACUUGGUAAGAUCAUUGCUCUAUUUAACUCAUAAAAAGAUAAAAUCCACACAAAAGAGGGUCAAUUUCAUGCUGCUAAUACAACUGAUUAAACCUAAUAAUAUAACCCAAAAUUGUAGCUCUGAUGUGAUGUGAAAAUAGCUUGGGCAGAAAUGAAAUUACUUAUGAAUAGCAGUGACCAACAUUUAGUAAAAGACAAUACAAAGUAUAUGCAAUAGUCAAAGAACCUCUGGAAAAUAUGAGCAACUGCUUGUCUACUUUGAAAGGAACUGUUUCAUGCUCUACUUACUGUGGUUUUUACCUGUUCCAUUAACUGCUAUUUGUUUUUCAAAAACAUGGUAAAUAUAACACAGAAAAGGGCACAUGCAUCUUGUUUUUUUCAUUGUAACUGAAAGCAAAAUACAACUUUUCACUAAUUUAUAGAUAGAAGUUUUUUCCCAUUAUGUAAUUAUAGCUAUGUUUAUGCAAUAUGGUAAGCUUUAACAUGAGUUGUCUCAUUUGGGCUUAGCACAAUGCAUGUGCAAACCAUGACAGUUUAGAAAUAAACUUCUUGGCUGCACUAUUACAGUAAGAAAAUGAAUCCAUUUUCUCUAACUUUGUAUGUAUUGCAUAUUUAUGGAAAACAAUUCUAAUCAUUUUAAGUGCAGAUUAACUCUUCAUUUAGCUUUCAACCUUCUGAUAAAGAUUUUAAAGAUUCAUUACCACAUAAGCAAAGGAAAAUCUGGAUGCUGGUUAUACCUUCAGUAAACAGUUUUAAUGACUUUCCAUGUUUAAAUAAUGCCAUCUAGAAAAAAAAAUAUGGAAAACAUAUACCAACAAAUAUCCACAACAAAAUUCUAUUAGUUAAAAAUAUUAUUGUAUUAAGGAUGAUUAGUACUCUAAUCUGGGCUGUGGAGGUCAAAAGCAAUAGUCGCAAGCCUGAUCGAGUGUAUAAUAAAGAAGAAAAUUGGCAUCACUUUACAGGAAGCUGAAAAUAAAAUACCAAACCUUUAUUCUUUUUCCUGGUGUUUUAACAGCAAUCUCUCAUGAUAUUACGAGAGGCAAAAACAUUUUUUUUUGUUUCAUCUAACCACUCCCUUACCAUAUUCAGAUAUAGUUCCUAUAGGCUUGUUGUGCAUGUAAAACCUGUUAUGUAAUCAGAGUUCUUAUUUACGCUAAAGAACACUCAGAUGUUUUAUGAGUAAUUCCAGCAAAAAUGCUUGAAGAACCCUGAUAUAAAGAAAGCAUUGUUCUUCAAAUGCAUUACACAAA